AUGCACAGUCGCCACAACAGCCUGGACACGGUCAACACAGUCUUGGUCGAAGACCCCGAUAUCCUGGAUUGCUCCGGCCAGUGCGCUAAACUACCCGAGCUCGAGGACGUGCCAUGGAGCCUCGGGGAAGUAGAGAGCGCACUGAACAAGGACGAAGAGUUGAGGCUGGGGGUCGUGUCACAGGAGAUCCUGGCUAGGCUCUCGGUCCUCAUAAGCCGCGCACUUGUGAGGGUCGCCAAGGAAGCGCAGCGCCUGAGUUUGCGCUAUGCCAAAUGCACCAAAUAUGAGAUUCAAAGUGCCAUAAAGGUUGUCAUGUCUUGGACAGUCUCGGUGAACUGCAUCACCGCCGCACUCAGUGCCUUGUCUAUGUACAACAUGAGCACCGAGGACAAGUUCAGCCGCGGAAAGUCACUCAGAUGCGGACUCAUUUUCAACGUGGGGAAGUUCUUCAGGUGGAUGGUGGACAGCCGAGUUGCGGUGAGGAUCCACGAGCACGCUGCCAUCUACCUGACAGCGUGCAUGGAGAGUCUUUUCCGAGAGGUGUACGCACGCGCACUGCGCAGCGCGCUCGUGGAGAAAGAUAAUGGGAUCCCUAAGUUCACUGUUGAGUCCCUCGAACAGGCCAUCAACAACGAUUCGGAGUUAUGGGGGUUCCUGCAGCAGUAUCAAUACCUCAUUUGUGGGAAGAAUGCAAGUGGUGUGCUCAGCCUACCAGAGAGCCUGACUCUGCAUCGGGACCAGCAGCGGUCAGGGAAAAGUGGGGAGGGCCACUCCUACAGUCAGUCGGAGCUGCGCUCCAUAGAGCAGUGCCUGCUAGCCACACGGGUGGGCAGCAUCUCAGAACUCAGUGACCUGGUCUCCCGGGCCAUGCACCACCUCCAGCCGCUGCAUGUGAAGAACCAUAGCAACGGGACGCCCAUCCACCAGAAGAGUAGCCCAGUACACUGGGAGCCUGAGGCGCUCUACACUCUCUGCUACUUCAUGCACUGUCCCCAGGUGGAAUGGGAGAACCCCAACGUAGAACCCUCUAAGGUUACCCUGCAGACAGAGAGGCCGUUCCUGGUUCUACCUCCUCUAAUGGAGUGGCUCAGGGUGUCGGUGGCCCACGCAGAGCACCGCCGUAGCUUCUCAGUGGACAGUGACGACGUCCGGCAGGCCGCCAGGCUGCUGCUGCCAGGGGUGGACUGUGAACCACGCCAGCUCAAGACAGAUGACUUCUGUGCGUCCCGGAAGUUGGAUGCAGCAUCCACAGAGGCUAAGUUCCUCCAGGACCUGGGAUUCCGUAUGCUCAACUGUGGCCGGACCGACCUGGUCAAACAGGCUGUCAAUUUGCUGGGGCCUGACGGCAUCAACAGCAUGAGUGAACAGGGAAUGACCCCUCUGAUGUACUCCUGUGUGAGAGGGGAUGAAGCAAUGGUCCAGAUGCUGCUGGACGCUGGAGCCGACAUCAACAGUGAGGUGCCAAACACAGUGCACAAGUACCCCUCAGUCAACCCCGAAACGCGCCUGGGAACACCACUCACUUUCGCCGUGUUACACGGACAUGUCCCUGUCGUGCAGCUGCUCCUGGAUGCCCGGGCCAACGUAGAGGGCUCCCUACAGGACGGUAUGGAGAACUACACAGAGACCCCGCUACAGCUUGCCUCCGCUGCAGGUAACUUUGAGCUGGUCAGUUUGCUGUUGGAGAGAGGAGCAGACCCCAUGGUGGGAACAGUGUAUCGUAACGGUAUCUCUACUGCCCCUCAUGGAGACAUGAACUCCUACAGUCUAGCAGCAGCACAUGGACACAGGAACGUGUUCCGCAAGCUGCUGUCCCAGACGGAGAAGGGGAAAGGGGACGUGCUGUCCCUGGAGGAGAUCCUUGCCGAGGGGACAGAGGAAGAAAGGGGCCUGGAGGAGAGGAACCCCUCCCAGCUGGACCUGGUCCGGACAGGCAAGGCCAAGCUCAAGGCCCUGAGAGAGGCCAUGUACCACAGCUCUGAACACGGACAUGUGGAUAUCACCAUCGACAUACGCAGCCUGGGGGUCCCCUGGACACUGCACACCUGGCUGGAGUCUCUGCGGACGUGUUUCCUGCAACAUCGGAGACCACUGAUCCAGGGCCUGCUCAAGGAGUUCAGCUGUAUUGAGGAGGAGGAGUACACACAGGAGCUCAUCACCCACGGCCUGCCACUCUUGUUUCAGAUCCUACGAGCCAGCAAGAAUGAGGUGAUCAGCCAGCAGCUGUCUCUGAUCUUCACCCAGUGCUACGGGCCGUACCCCAUCCCCAAACUCUCCGAGAUCAAGAGGAAACAGACCUCACGCCUGGAUCCUCAUUUCCUAAACAACAAGGAGAUGUCAGAUGUGACCUUCUUGGUGGAGGGGAAGCCAUUCUACGCCCACAAAGUCCUGCUCUUCACCGCCUCUGGCAGGUUUAAGUCUCUACUGGCGAACAGACCAGCUGCUGAAAACACAUGUAUUGAAAUCAGCCACGUCAAAUACAACAUAUUCCUGCUGGUGAUGCAAUACCUCUACUGUGGUGGGACGGAGCAUCUGCACAUCAGAAACACAGAGGUUAUGGAGCUGCUGUCAGCGGCCAAGUUCUUCCAGCUGGAGGCGCUGCAGAGGCACUGUGAGAUCAUCUGCUCUAAGAACAUCAACACAGAAACCUGUGUGGAGAUCUACAGCCACACCAAGUUCCUGGAUGUCCCAGAUUUGGCUGUCUACAUCGAGGGCUACUUCCUGAAAAACAUGGUGGUGCUGAUUGAGCUGGAGCCCUUCAAAACAUUGCUGUACGACACGCCUCCAGACAGUCCCGCCACCGACGUACUGCUGGACCUGGAGAAGACCCUGGGCAUCCGCAUCCAGUCCAUCCACCUGUCCUCCUCCAAGGGCUCCAUUGUCUGAUUGGUUGAUUUAUUGAGCUGCUAAUGGGACUGGAACUGUCUGUCUGUCCCCAUUGACCCCAGUUCAACACAUAGCUGUACUGAACCACACUCGACAGUGACACUUUUAAAUUGCUUGCUGUGCUAACACGCCAUUGCCAUUCUCCUGCAGCCUACUGAGCUUUGGGCCGAGCACUUAGGCAAAUGGACAGCUCUGGAACCCCAGAAAUUGUGAAAAGGAGAUUUUCAUAGGGCUGAAGUAAAGCUGACUCAUCACAGCAAUAGUGGGACUAUAUCGCUGAGAUGCAGUGAGGAAUGUGUGUGUGUGUGUGUGUGUGUGUGUGUGUGUGUGUGUGUGUGUGUGUGUGUGUGUGUGUGUGUGUGUGUGUGUGUGUGUGUGUGUGUGUGUGUGUGUGUGUGUGUGUCUGGGAUCAUUCGUAAAGCCCCAGUCAACAUUACUUCGCUCCUUGACAUUAGUCUCCAGACUGCAGUCAGACCUGCCAUUGUCCAUAUGUCUACUGGACAGAAUCAUUGUUGGUACUUUUCUCAGCAUGGUUCUGCAAUCCUACAUAGCUUUAUAGUCUAUUUAUAACUGGGCCUAGCCAAACUUAACAUAAGAGCAGACCUGAGUUCAAUAUUAUUUGAAAUAAAAUACUUUUAGCAUUUGCUCUAGUCUGCCCGGGGUGUCAGAUUGGUGCAGUUUGCACUUUUGUGACUAUUCUAUUGGUUCCAUUGUGCCAAGCAAGCUCAAUCACGCCUAGAUAAAGUAUUUAACAUGAUUUCGAAUAGUAUUUGAACCCUGGUCUGCUACAUGUAAGAGUGAUAUGUGGAUAUACUGUAUGUCAUGUGGUAGUAUGUUUUAAGGGACUCAUGCAAAGGAGAGAGGCAUUGGGAAAUUCUUCAAGCUACGUUUGGGAAGCUGGAGAACAGAAAACACAUUUCCUUCCUUCAUCCUCUGUUAGAACUGUGUAAAUAUUGUGAAUAAAACACAGAGCUAUGGCUCCUCUUGUAAGUUAAUGUAUAUAUCCUACAGAUGUUUCUUCUUCUCAUGCGUCUACUCAUUGGAUAUGGCUUUAUAAAAUGCUGUUCUUUUCAAUGUGUUAUCGUUCUGUAUGUUUCAAGUUGCAUGUCAUGAGAAUGACUGUUUUGCUUGUGUUCAGUUUGGUUUAAGAGUGGCAUGAGACUUUAAGAGAGGAAGCAGGAACGGUAGAGGAGCGAUAUUGUCAGCAUGUGUCUCUAAAUGUGUAGACGUGUACUGGUGUCUUCAUUUCAGGAGAGAACGGCUAUGGGCCUGUAUUCAAAAAGCGUCUCUGAGUGGGAGUGCUGAUCUAGAAUCAGGUUCCCAUGUCUAUAAUCACAUUCAUUAUGAUCUAAAAGGAUAAAACUGAUCCAGCACGCCUACUCUGAGACACUUUAUGGAUAGGGGCCUAGUUCAAAAGAUGAUCAGGGUCUAUCCUAAACCGGAGAAGCGUCAUCUGUUGUGUUUUCCAGACAUUGUGAAACUACAUGUAAGUGUGACUUAAUAUCCGUUUCCUCCAUAAAGAUUAAUAUAAAGAAUGAUAU